AUGGCCUUGCUACCAUUCUUGUUAGAAGACGCCCUUCCUCUUCCAGGCAGGGACUGGUUAUCCCUUCUAACUCCUGCUGAAGAAGACUCCGUUCGUCUGAGAAACGCCAUCAAUCAACUGGCAAAUUUGCAAAAGGACACUUCCAUCACUUUCGACAAGGACCAAUUCCAAGCCAACAUCGACGUCCAACAAUUUACUCCCGAAGAAAUCACCGUGAAAGUUGAAGGCGACAACACCGUCAUUGUUGAAGGCAAACAUGAAGAGAAAAAGGAUCAGCAUGGAUACAUUUCCAGGCAUUUUGUCAGGAGAUAUGUGCUUCCCCAGGAUUGCGAGGUUAAAAAGUUGCAGUCUAAAUUGUCCAGUGAUGGAGUUUUGAGCAUUUCAGCACCAAAGAAACCGGAAACACCUAAGCAGGAAUAUAGGGAAAUUCCUAUAGUAAGAACAGGGCCUUUGAAGAAAGUCGAAGGAGGAGAUACUGGAAAAAAAUCCUAG